UUCAAUGCCCGCUUUAAUAAAAUGUUCUGACAAGCAUUGAUAUAUUUUUCAGUUAUAACAAGUUGGUCAGAAACUAUAUUCUUUCUUUAGUUUUAUAUUUAUUUCACAUACUGAGAUAUCCCACACAAUGCCUUUAAUUGAGAGAGUACCAGCAAAGUUAACAAACAUGGCAGCUCCCUUGAGAAAGUUUUGCAUGUGUGGUCUUACAAUAUUUCAGAAUGGAGUCGUCUUUCCAGAGAUCAUUAAUAGUAGCAUUUAUCGUGCAUUCAGAACAUAUUUUAAUUUGAUAGGAAAUCAUGUCGCAACGAAGGAAAGAGCUUAUUACUGCGGAUUACAUCGCUGGACUGAAGUACAACAUUCAAGGGUUUUGUCAGUAUCACCGUCUGGAAGUAGAACUGUUGAAAAAGCAUUUCCCCUUAGGAGGAAGAUUAAAACAUUGAAUAAUAUGAUUUCUACACAUAUUAUGAGCAGGAAAAAUAUCCAGCUACAUCAUUCAGGCUUUAUUACUUUGGAUUUUUCAUGUGCAUGUCGUAACUUCACAUUGUCGACACGCAACACCUGUAAUUCUGACAGAGCAGACGAUGCUGCCUGUUCGUCACAACGUGAACAGGAGAGAGGAAUUCAGAGCACGAAAGCAAAGCGGUCUUCUGUUGAAGUUGAUUUAAAUGAGAGUAUAAAACCGAAGAAAGAAAACAUCAAGACCAUCCCUAACCUCUUGACAACACUGCGUAUGGCAUCAGCACCAUUUCUUGGAUACCUUGUAGUCAAUGAAAACUUUACUGUGGCACUGAGCAUCUUUACUCUUGCAGGAGUAUCUGAUCUUCUAGAUGGGUUCAUUGCACGAAACUUCAAAAGUCAGAUGUCAGUUUUAGGAACUGCAUUGGAUCCUCUUGCUGACAAGCUUCUGAUCACAGUUCUUUCAAUUUCCAUGACCUCUGCUGGACUUAUUCCAUUGCCUCUCACAGCACUUAUAGUAUUCAGAGACUUGGUCCUCAUUGCUGGAGGGUUUUACAUUCGAUACAGGUCCUUGCCAGUUCCACCUCCUAUAACUCUGUCUCGCUACUUUGAUAUUUCACAUGCAACAGCUAAAUUGUCACCAACAUUUAUCAGCAAGUUAAACACAAGCUUACAAUUGACACUGGUGGCUUUUUCACUUGCUGCUCCAGUAUUUGGAUUUGUGAACCACAUAUUUCUACAAACUUUAUGGUAUGCAGCAGGUGCAACAACAGUUUUAUCAGGAGCAGACUACAUGUGGUCAUGGAAAAAAUAUGUUACUUUGCUAGAAAAAGAUCAAAAUGACUUGUAAGGAAAGUUGCAUCAACAAAACAAUUUUCUGUGUUUACUUUGCCUUUACGAUGGAUCAUCAGCAUUUGAGAAAGAGAUUAUGUUGGACUUGCUUGAAUAUGGCUUAAGCAUGUGAAAUCUCAUUGCAUAAAUGGAUGUAUGAAAGGAUGAGAGAGUGUGCAGAGAGAGUGAUAGAGAAAUUUGCAUAUGCAGAUUUUGUGUUCGUAUGUCAGAAAGUGAGUGGAUGCACACACACACAUGUGCCUUAUUUUUUGCUGAACAAAGAUGUCUUUUAUUCUUUGAUUCCAUCAGAAGUUUAGGUCAUGAAGUCUUGCUGCUUCUAUGAUAUUCCAUGUACUUCAAGAAUAAGUUCUUGAUCAUGAAUUCAAAUUUUUUUCUCAAUGUAUAGUGGUGGAAAAAUGCAAUCGAAAUAUUAUUUUUGAGAAAGUAGUGAUAUGUAUAUAUGUACACACACAGAGUAUUGUGUAUGACUUCUGUUUUAAUAGAAGACAUUUAUCUCUAAGUAAUUUUUCCUUCAGUGUGAGAAAUAAUAUUAAAUUGUGUGACUUGUUUUUUUCAAGAUUUAUCACAUACAGUUUUUUUAAAAUAAAUUCUAGAAAUUAUGCUACAGUGUUUUAAAUACAUAAGACUAGAAUCAGAGGCAGAGAUACUUUUCAUUUAUUAAUCAGUUACUGAACAAUUUUUGGGCUUGUAUAGUAUUAUUCAAGUGUGUUAACUGGUAUUCAGUAAGUCUGACAUAUUGCAGGCAUUGAUACCUACAGUUGAGCGCGGUGAACAGGGCAUAUUCUGUAGUGCCUUCCAUUCGUCAUUUGGUGUGACUUUAUAGUCAUGUGUGUGAGAUUCAUUUCCUCUUCUUCAGGCAGAAAGUGGAAAAUUGGUAUAAAGGAUUGCUCAUCGUUUCCUACAGCGUACAUUCACAUAGUGUUAUUCAUGAAUAUAGUCGUCAACUACUUGCUUCACGGUGGGUAGAUAUGAGAAGAUUUUUUUUUCCUCUGUCGGAAACAUGGGUCACCGAAAGACAACUCAGCUGGUGGACGGUUCAGCAGCUAAACUCAUGGUAACUUAAGAGCAACACACGAGGGAGUGGACCCCUCCCUCCUUACGGCGGCAGGACUCCCGUCGGCACCUCUGCAUGGUCAGAGUUUGCCCAACCUCCUCUGUACUGAUUCGCAGGGCUGGUGAAGAUGAUAGUGACACUAGUUAUGUGUGUGCUCCUUCUUGUUCUUGCCCUCUCCCUCUCUCAAACGUUCUCUGUACGCAUGAAUGUUCGUAUAAUUUGGAUUUAUUUAACUCGUUACUAGAGUCACAUAGGUACACGUUGUUGUAGUAUUCAUCAACGGCCAACGGAAGUGACAUUGGCUUUGUCCAAUCUGUAAUCCAUUUUGCUCCUACUGCGUUCCAACAUGAAAGUGGUGGAGACUAUCGGACUCCUUUUCUUUUCGGGUGUUCUCCCUGCUUCUGUCGCACGAGAAAAUGUAUCUGAUUGUGGCCUGGAACUUCGAGCCCAUUCGGUAGUAAACGAAGAAGUUCGUUGAGCAGUUGAUGAUUCUGAACUGCGUGAUUAUCUCCCACAACACCGAGGUCAGGUUGUAGUAGCGACCGGUGUAGCUUAGGUCGGGCACCAGAAAGGCCGAGAUCUGCACCAUGACCGUCGGAAUGGUGCAGACGAUGAAUAAAAUGGACGUCGCGAUAAGCAUUUUGGUCAGAGCCACCUCUCGGCUCGGUAGGACGCGGGCAGAACUGUUGGCGUCUGUUGCUAAAGAUGUCGCAGUCGGUGAGAUGGUCGUCGUCAACAGCUGACGUCGCCAGACGACGGCUUUGUGAAUCUUUAGCGCCGUGAUGGCCGUGGUGACGACGAUGAUGACGAGCACGACAAAGGAGAAGGACGUGGAAUAAAAGAAGAUGUCGAUAAUAUCGAAGACCUUUCUGUUGUCCAGAUAAAACCUGCAACAAAGAUGCCAAAAUAGUGGUUUCACCGACAGAUGGGCAGCGCUUCACUUUCAGUUCAAAACAAGAAAACUUGUUGAUGGCUCCAUGCCAUUAUUACAUGAAGGAGAGCAAAGAGUGCGUUCUCAACAAUGUGUGAAAAUCUUCAUGUGGUACAGUGUGUGGAACUUGCACACGUUCACAGUAAGUUCUACUCACGACGUGAAGGCCAGCACGUUGCUCGUGCGGUUGGUGACGGGGUCGAACUCGCAGACGACGAUGUGUUUGUUGCCCGCGAUGACCCAGAUGCCAGCCACCAGCACAAAACAGACAACUGAAAUGAUCACGGCCAUGGUCGAGGUCUUGAAGUAUUUCUGCGCUUUGAAGGGGCUGACCACACAGAAACACCGCUCACAAGCGAUCACGCAGGACAGGAACUGGGAAGCGAACAGGAAGCCUGUCAGACCUGCCAGAUUACAAUUUGAAAUUACUACAAAUAAAAUAACUGAAAAAUUG